AUGGAGGCUGGCCGCUAUUCCGAACCUGUCUCUGUCCACCAGGCGUUUCAGGAGCUGGCUCCAUUCGGAGAGAUUAUGCGCCUUGAGCUGCUGCCAGACGAGCCCGACAGCGUGGUCGUGAGUUACUACGACUAUCGGUGCGCUUUACAUGCUGCUGCACAUCUCGGUUCUGAUCGAUGCUCCAUGGAGCCACAGUAUGGCCAGUGCUAUGUCCAUCUUCCAAACGAGGCAACGGGAUGUCACAUCGAAGAGAUCGGCAACACGUAUGCCCAUUGUUGCGAUGUUCGAACUGCAGCAAAGUUAGCACUGCAGUUUGGUGUCAAAGAGCCCAAGUCGAAGACCAGAAAGGCCUACGUCGCUCCAGCGAUCAAAGCUGACAAAGCUCCAACAGCGCCGAAAUACCUGAAUGAUCUUGGGAUCUCGGAGGUUGUCUGGGCACAUCUGGACAGCGGCAAGGAGACGCGCAGCACGCUGAGAAUCACCGGCGUGCCUGCCAAGCUGUGCAAAGAAUCCAGGUUUCAUCUUCUGCUGGAAGAUGCGGACUUGGCAGAGCACGUGGACAUCUUCCGCACUUUCACCAGCACGCGCCGUCGGUUGGGCACAGCUUUGGUUAAUGCGGUUUCUCCACUAGGCGUCAAGUUGGUGGCGAAAUUCUUUCAUGGACGACAGUGGGGCAAUAUCAUGCCUGCAGCUGUGAGCUUUGCAGCGACGCAAGGGCGAGAUGAGGUGCUUCGAAGGUAUCCAUUCCAGGAGAAUACACUCCAGAAAGCCAAGGACACCUCUGGCUACACAAUAGCAAAAGUUGCUGUUCACGUUCUGGCAAGCGACAUGCAAAGCGUGUCCGAAGUCAGCACGGAGGUGAACGACGAUGCCGAGUCAUUACCGUCUGAAAGGCAUUAG